CAGCACUUGACUCCCUUAUGAGCCCGUCGUGACUUAUCUCAGACUGUUUGGUUCGUUCUUCUGGCUCUACAUGCAUGCCUCGUCUAAUAGCCUGGCUGUUCAGUCUGUCAUCAUUCAUAAACAGAUAUGAACUACCAUGAAACAGAUGCAAGAAUAUCUUCGCCACUAUGCAACAAAACCAUCAGCAGAGGAUUGAAAAUGACCAUGGCAGGCCAUUGCGGAAUAUCAAUCAGUCAGUUCUAAAUUUUAUAAAGUUUAGAGAGUUGCCACGCCAGGUACAAGGAGGUAAACACACUGGCAAGUUCAGUUCGCAUUUUGAGGCUAUUCCCGUCGGUCCUUCAAUAAAAGAGAUAUCUAGUCCGCCAGCAAUAAAAUCUACCCAUUUGAAAACCCUCAAGCGCCAUCUUCUCCAGCAAAGCGAUUGGGCCGCAGUCUCCGUAACCCGUCCGUUGAAGAUAACAUCUACACGAGCAGACCAGCACGAGCACUUUGGCAAGAGACGAAAAUUGACAGAAUCGGACCGUGAAAGACUUGGACCGGAUCCUGUGGGCCUCUUUACAUCCCAGCGUGGAACAAAUCGAAAGAAUACUCUUCCGAGAUCACGAUGGAUGGUGAAUGGUCUUCAUAUUGGAUCUGGGGGAAUCAGCGCUGAUACAGUGGUACCCUGUCAGAAAGACAAGUACGACAUAAAUGACCAAUCGUCUCAGUCCAUGCUGCUAGACAACGAGGAGCCGUUUCCUCCGCAGGAGUCAAGAUACGAGUACUAUAAAAGGCAACCUUCCCAUUCGAACUCUAUCCAAUUCAACAAAAGCGCAGAAGCAAAUCUUCUCUUUGAUGAUAUAAGUAAUUCUCCACAGUACCUCUCGCAAGCACCUCAGUUGAACAAACAAAAAUUAAGACACUUCACGCUCGACGAUCAAAUCCUCGCCGAACAGGAAGGGAGACUACUUGCACACUCGAGCUCUGGCCGACUUGACUGGUCCAAAUAUAUGCCGGAGGAGCCUGAAUCGUCGAGCAACCAGCUCUCCAGCUGGCUUCCGGAACCUCGAGACCGGGUUCCUCUUUUGAUUUAUUCCAGGCCCGCUCGAAACUCUACCCCGUCGCCCUCUACUUGGAACGGGGGUGCCAACACUUCACGGCACGAUUCUUCGCCGAUUAAACUAUUCGGACAGCCUGUUUCCCAUGAUCUUUUCGAGCCUAGUACGAUGAUACCUGAAUUUGGUAUUACUAAUAACUGAAAUAAGGAGGGCUAUCACCACAGAUUAAAUGAGCCGGAACGUGGUACUAUUGCAAGGGACUAUUGAGCCAUUAAACCGGACCACCGGUAUAACACUGUCCACAUGUAAAUCUACAUUUCAAAGUUUAGCAGGCUCCUUCAAUUUUACCCACUUUGGGCUUGAGGGAAUGUUCUCG